AUGUCGAGUUCAACCAGAGCCCGAGCGGGCAAGUACACAAAGGCGAAGCGGGGUGGCGGUCGUCAGUUCAGCAAGAACCUCAGACCACUCGAUGCGGACGGUGUGGAGAAGAGCAUGUGGGCAGAGCCAACCUCAGCCAACGACGACGACGAUGACGACUCAGAGGAAGAUUCCGACGAGGAGUCCGACUCCGACGAUGCACCAAAGGGGCAGCAGCAGCAAGCUGAGAUGACGCGUGAGGAGCGAAGGGCUGCCGCAAAGGCGAAGAAGGAGGCUGCGAUCAAGCGGAAGCAGGGCGUUGCGCAACCCGGCGACAUGCCGUCGAGCAGCUCUGAGGAGGAAGAGGAGGAAGACGGAGACAUGCCCGCAAACCCCAACCACAGCGCUGCGGCACGCAAGCAGGCUGCCAAAGCCGUUACGGAGGAGAAGCCCGAGGGCAGCAAGGAGAAGGCCAAGGAGCCCUCGCAGAUGUCUCGGCGAGAGCGCGAGGCCUUCCAGGCGCAGCAGAGCAAGGAGCGGUACCAGAAGCUGCACGCUGAGGGCAAGACUGAGGAGGCUCGUGCGGACAUGGAGCGGCUGAAGUUGGUGCGAGAGCAGAGGGCGGAGGCCGCAGCGCGCAAGGAGGCAGAGAAGCAGGAGAAAGAGAUGAUGGAGAGGGAGAAGAAGGAACAGUUGGAACGUAUGGAACGCCAGGCGAAGCUCAAGGCCGCGAGAGGUGGACGUGGUGGGAAGAAGGGAGGGAAGUCAUAA